AUGGCCCUCAUGAAAUCUGGUUGGCUGUGGAGACAGACCACAGUCCUCAAACGCUGGAAAUUGAACUGGUGUGAUAUUUGGAUUGAUGGGAGUUUUGUCUUCUACAAGAGCGACAGCAGAAGAGACUUCAUGCAACGCGUCAGCCUCAAGACCACAUGUGUAGACGUCAGAUCUGGCUUUGAGUGUGCAGGUGUGAAUCCCCCUGAGAGCCACCCCAGAGAGAACCUCCUGGUGGUCCUGCUGGCUGACGGCUCCAGCGUCAACCUUUGUGCCAACAGUGAAGACGAAGCCAUAGCCUGGAAACUCACCAUAGUCGAUACCAAAAGGAACCCGCUGUUCACCUACGACCCUUAUGAUGACUCUUAUCAGGCGGUUCCAGUCAACAGCCACCACACCAUCUACAUCACACCUGGAGCAGGACCAGGUACGCAUCAGGUGGUGGUUCAGAGGGAUCCGUUCGACGGCGUGGCAGAGCAGCUGGCCCUGGGCCUGCUGGCCGGGAUGGCUGCCGGGGCGGCCAUGCGCUCCUUCCUCUGGAUGCCCUUCUUGUUCUGCUAA